UGCUGAGCAGAGCUGGGGACUUGAGAGGCUUGGGGGUGGCAACUUGACAGGGUUGGGGUUUGCACGAGGAGAUGGUGAAGAAACUGGUGGUGGGCCAUCAGAGAACGGUGUGCAGGAGGAGAGAACCAGGGGGGAGCCCAGCAGAAAGAGAAAUCUCUUUUCUCACCUUGGCCGUGUGGCCCCAUCAAUGACUUUACCUCUCCUUGCCUUAGUUUUCUCGUCUGUAUGCCAGGAUGAGGUGGAUAAUCUGUCCUCAGAGUUGUAAGGGUGUGGUGAGGAGCCCCAGGCAAAAACCCAAGGAUCCCCACCUCCUGGUACUUACAUCCCUGUGUGGUGCUGUCCCUCACCGUCACAGGGCUGGUCUGUGAGACCAAGAGACUACACGUAUGUCAUUUUCAAGGCUACAUUAUAAAAGACACUGUGGCUUCUGUCUUUUCUCUCUUAGAUCACUCAUGCUGGGAGUACCUCAAGCUGCCAUGCUGUCGGGAGAGGCUCAGCAUGUGGAGGCCUAUCUAUAUCCAGCUGCUGAGUAUGGAGAAGAAAACCUGACUGCACGUUGUCUGGUCCACAUUUUAGCUUGUUUCCUUUGAAGAAUGUGCAAGGUGGAAAAAUAGAUGCUUCAGGCUCUGAUUUCAGCCCCUGCUGUGCUAUGCAAAUGUUCUCUACAUGCCUGAGUGACCUUUUUGAGAAAGAGCCUUUGUGAUCUUCUGCAGCCAGGGCCUGUUCUGGGAAUAGUGUGCCAGGUUUCUCUAAAAGUGGGAGAAGUGAAUCUGUUCAAAGACCAUAUUAAAAAGCCAGUGCUUUUCCUGGAUAAAUACCGAUAAGUUCAUGUUUCUUACCGUCUCUUGCCAGAGCUUUUGAAAUUUGCUCUGCAGUGUGUUGUCCCGGUUGAUUUGGAAAAUGAUGUGUGUGAGAGGGGACUGACUAAAGCAGUUCUGUAGCCGGGAAAGUGUUUAAGUGCUUUUGAAUUGUAGAUAAAAAUAAAUUCAAACAGGCAUCCUUAGCAUCUGGGUGUUUAUCAGUGUCUUCAGGUGCCGCUCCGUAAGGGCCGACCCGGUGACUCGCAGCCAGGUUUGGAAGGUUCUUUUUGCCCCGAACUGUGCUCUAAUGAUUUGGAUUUACAUUGUUUUCUAUUUGUUUGGGUUAUUGUACAGAAUGAAAUAUGUCAUGUUAAAAGUAUAAUUGUUUUUUUAAUGUUGUAAAAGAAAUACCAUUCUGAUAUAUUCCUCUUGGAAAGUGAUACUGGUGUCUUGAGGUUCAUGACUUUUAAUGCUUUUACUGAUAUGUUUAGUUUGUAUAGCUGAAAUGAAUGAAAAAGAGUUUUCUCUUUCUCCUUUUCUCUUAAACCACCUUUUUGAUGAGGAUCAUUAUAGGUUUGCUCCAGAAUAAAGUUGUAGAGUUAAUCGUAACAUUCUGUAGAAAUUCUAAAAAUUGAAUUCUCAGAGAGGAUAUGAAGACUUUGAGUGACUGGUUUACUAACUCCUUCCCUGAGCAUAGGAUAAUUUUUUUCUCUAAAGAUUGUCAAUCUCUUUAGGUAGGAGUAGAAGUUCCUAAAGGAAUGCUUUCUUCUCCAGAUCUUUACCCUGUGGCUCGUUUUGGUUGAGCAAAGAUGAAUAGUUCUCUGGUGGUUAGCCUGCUCUGUUGGGUGGAAAAAUUCUUCUCUGUUUUCAUGGUUAAAUGCUCUAUCAUAUGUCUUUUUCUCCUCCCCAAGUUUCCCUGGAACCUGGGCUCCCUGGGACGCAGCGCUGGAGCAGAUGGAUAAUGGAGACUGGGGCUAUAUGAUGACUGACCCAGUCACGUUAAAUGUAGGUGGACACUUGUAUACAACGUCUCUCACUACAUUGACGCGUUACCCGGAUUCCAUGCUUGGAGCUAUGUUCGGAGGGGACUUCCCCACAGCUCGGGACCCUCAAGGCAAUUACUUCAUUGAUCGAGAUGGACCUCUUUUCCGAUAUGUCCUCAACUUCUUAAGAACUUCAGAGUUGACCUUACCCCUGGAUUUUAAGGAAUUUGAUCUGCUUCGGAAAGAAGCAGAUUUUUACCAGAUUGAGCCCUUGAUUCAGUGUCUCAAUGACCCUAAGCCUUUGUAUCCUAUGGAUACUUUUGAAGAAGUCGUGGAGUUAUCUAGUACUCGGAAGCUUUCUAAGUACUCCAAUCCAGUAGCUGUCAUCAUAACUCAACUAACCAUCACCACCAAGGUUCAUUCCUUACUAGAAGGUAUCUCAAACUAUUUUACGAAGUGGAAUAAGCACAUGAUGGACACCAGAGAUUGCCAGGUCUCCUUUACUUUUGGACCCUGUGAUUAUCACCAGGAAGUUUCUCUCCGGGUCCACCUGAUGGAAUACAUUACAAAACAAGGUUUCACGAUCCGCAACACCCGAGUGCAUCACAUGAGCGAGCGGGCCAAUGAGAACACAGUGGAGCACAACUGGACUUUCUGUCGGCUGGCCCGGAAGACCGAUGACUGACCUCUGAGCCGGGAGAAGUUCCUGGAAACUGACUCUCCAGGACAUGGAAGAGACUGAUGAUUUUUUUUUUUUAAUCACAGUGUGGGAUUUUUUUUAAGUAUUUGUAUUUAUUUGAAGGCAUUGAGGACCAGAAGGAAGUUUUGUGCUUUAGCAGACUCCUCUAUGUUUUGUUCCCUUUACCUUGAGUAUGCAUGUGCCUGUUCAGAGCCUCCAGAUACCUUUUUUAUAAAAAGAAGUAUGAAAAUCAUUAUGGUAUAUAAUCUACUCUUAACAGAGCUUUUUUUUAUUACAGUGCUACAAUGAUUUCUGAUUAAAUGAUCCCUAACUCAACUAGAAGGCUAAAAAUGCAGGAAUGAAAGAGUAAACAGAGUACCCAUGAUGCCUUUGAGAAAAAUCAAAACAUCAUGUAGGGUGACCUAGUUUCCAAACCCAUAAGCAGUAUCGUAAUAUUAAAGGAAAACUGUUCCAAUCAUUUAAAAGUACUUGUUAAGUACUGCUUUUUACAGUUAUGACAACUGUUUCUUUCUAUGCAUAUAAAUCAAGCAACCAAAUAUCUGUAGCCAUGGAAAUGUCUGACUAGAAAUAUUUAUAUUGGAUUCUGAAUACAAAAUGUCCCUGUGGUAGAACUCUUACUCCUUAUGCCUGGUGCAGUAUAAUUCCCAAGUGUACUGUCUACCAGAAGAAAAAAAAACUAAUAAAAAAAUGAAAUACAAAAA